AUGAUCCGCAGGUGUGAUUUUUGUGUUUCGGGCGUUUGUUGUACUCCGAGGCGUCUGUUGUGGCUGUCUCGCUCUCGUUUUCUGCAAGACGAAUGCACUGUCCCUCUUUUUCUAUGUCUUUUUCUUUCUUUCUUUGACUUCUUCUGGUCUGGUUUCUUCUUCUUUUCUUUGUUGGGGCCCGUGAUGACUAAUUUUUUUUUUUUGUUUGACUCUCUCCGUUGUUGUUUCUCUUGGGAUGUGAGUGUUUUUGUGCUCGUGUGGUUUACGUUGAUGGGGCGUGUGGCACGCAGAAGAAGAAGGUGA